UGGCGCCAUUCAUUUUCAAACUAAUACACGUAAUAAAUAUCAAUGUAAAAGUAAAAUAAGCAGUUCUAUUGCUUUUGGUUAUGGCAAACUGUUGCCAGAGUUUAAAAACUGAUGGUAAAUACUUAUUUUGCAGGAUUUGUGUAUACCAGGGGUGGCCAACAGGUCGAUCGCGAUCGACCGGUCGAUCGCGACUGUUAGUUCAGUCGAUCGUGGCAAGGCAAAAAAUAUAAAUACGUAGACCAGUUUCAUUUAAGGUUUCAAGAAGUAUGUCAUUGGUAGAUCGCACAGGGUUUCGUUAGUAAACAGGAGAUCUUGGGUCUAACCAAGUUGGCCAUCCCUGGUGUAUAUCAUCCCAUUACUGGUGCUAGUCCCAUCAUAGGGGUGUUUCCUCGGCUUGCUUGGGUAGUACAAAAUACCGACCUAAAAAAAUUAAGUAUGUAGUUAUAUUAUUCCGAAAUAAAAAUGAUUUGUCAAAAAAAUGUGAGAAAGACUAUGUAACUACCCAGGUAUACCUAUCAUACAAUUAAGAGCAUAAAUAAAUCUAAAUGAAAAAUAGUGCCCAGAUUUGUACAUAUAAAGCAGCUAUUUGGGUACCUACCUUACUUAAACCAGACACCGGGCAUUUUCCGUUUAUAAAAAUUACACAUUGUAAAAUAUUUUACGAAAAUGUUUAUGUCAUAAAACGCUGUCUAAAUAGGCUAAUUACUAAUAAAUUACGAAAUGGUAAACGGAUAUACUCGAUUGCAGUUAAUAAAACUGAAAACGCUCAUUACACUUAUUUGCACGUUGACAAAGAUUAAAUUGGCAAGAUGGGAGAGAGUACUUUUAAAUUUAAAAUAAUGUACUUACAGAUGUUGCCAGAAUAAUGAAAAACUUGGAAAAUAACCUACGUCUGUUUUACUCGCAUCGAAAAUGUGCGAAUGUUUACAACUAUGAAAAUCUAGUGAAAGAUUAAUGUUACAUUAAACAGACACUUCUGAAAACAAACCUGCAGAUAGCACAAUGCUUAAAAAUUCACUUUCGUGGGCGAGACUCGAACUAGUGACACCGAAAUACAAGCCUGCAGCUCUACCAACUGAGCUACUGAGGCUUAAUCGUUGAGUGCAAAUAUACCCACCAAGAACAUUUUAAGAAAUGUAACACUCUUACGGCAGAUAUCACUAGACUAGACAACUCCUUAAUGCGCAUACGGUAGUUCAGUUUGUAAAGCGGUAGGCUGGUAUCCCGGAGUCAUGAGUUCGAGUCUCACCCGAUACAGUGAAGAUUUCCACUUUUUAUUUUUUAUUUGUAAGCUUUGUGGAAGAUAUAACUACUAUGAUUAAGCACGAGCCUUAUUCAUAAAUCAUAAUAAUCAACUCAUUCGUAUACAUACAUAUACGUACCGAUAUUAAUGGACAUCUAGUUUAAAUGUAAGUAAUAUCAAUAAUAAUACUCACCCAAAUCAUUUUGGCUUUGCCUUAUUCGGGUAAAAAAUAGGACGACAUCAGAAGAGUGUUCCAUCUUAACAUACUUACUUUACUCUUUGAUCUAAACUCUCCACGUUACGUCAAUAAGAAACUAGGUAUAGGGUAGGUAUGAUGUUUGGUGCGAUACCGGCCGCUGACGAACUACUUGCAUUGCGAUCGAUCACAUCCACUGAUACGGUUGCAAGUUGACAUGUGAACGAUAACCAUUAUGUUCCAAAUACAAAUUUUCCUACUGUUCUUUUGUUUUUCCGUACAUAACUGUCAAUUCAGUGUUAGAGAAAAAAAUAUGUGUGUGUCUAGAUGUGUCAGUAAGUGUUGUGAUAGAGGUUUUAAUUUUGAUUGGAACUUGGGGAAGUGUGUGCCCGCUAGUGAUAAUACUGAGUUAUUUUCUGUGAAGAGGAAAGUGUAUUAUUUUGAUAAUCCUCUGACUGAAGUUUACUUGAACGAUAUAUUAACUCCGGUUUACGGAAAAGCUUGUGUUGGUUUUUACCGGUAUAAUCAUGAAUUUAGGUUGCAGUUGGACGGCAGACUGUUUAUCCAAGUGCCCGGCAGCGUAAAUCCCUGGCAGAAGAGGGAACCUGACGAGUACUGCAUAGACAGCUUCAUACAAGAACACGAAGAUGGAUCGACUAGCACCAAGCUGGACGCUCUGGUGUGCUUCCCUCAGGAUGACGAGGAUAGUUCUAAUUACGUCGUCAGCUCCACUUGUAUGCUGAUCUCCUCAGCGUUCUUCAUCGUCACCAUAGCGGUGUACGCGCUGCUGCCCGAGCUGCAGAACCUGCACGGACGGGUGCUGAUGGUGUACCUCGCCUGCAUGUGCGUGGGCUUCACCUUCCUGGCUGCCAUGCAGAUUAUGAUCACCGUCAAUAAUACCACGAUUACGAUCUGCAUUGGACUCACGUUCGUGAUCUACUUUGCUCUGCUAUCUGCUUUUUUCUGGCUCAACGUCAUGUGUUUCGAUAUUUGGUGGACUUUUAGUGGCAAACGUGGUCUAUCUUUCGAGAAGCUGUCAAUGCGGGCGCGUUUCUGCGCAUACGCAGCGUACGCUUUCGGGUUUCCUACCGGCUUGACGAUAAUCAUGGCUGCACUCGAGUUCUCUGGACUUCCAGCGCACCCCGCCAUGCCCAUGCUGAGACAGCAGGGCUGCUUCCUUCACGGCACCAGUAAAUUGUUGUACCUGUACGGCCCUAUGAUGAUCCUUUGUGUGGCCAACAUCGUGUUUUUCAUACUGACCGCAUGGAAGAUCAACCAGAUUAAACAACAGACGCAGAAGACCCUCAAGUCUAAGGACAGCGCUACUACAGACCAACACCGGAAUGAUAGACAAAGGCUACUUCUCUACGUAAAACUCUUCACCAUAAUGGGCAUCAACUGGAUCCUGGAGAUCAUCAGCGGCCAAUACCCGCAGACCAACAUUGUUUUUCGCUUCAUCGACGCCUACAAUGUCAUGAUCGGCGUCUUCAUCUUCAUCAUCUUCGUCUGCAAGCGCAAGAUCUUUCGCCUCAUGAAGAAGAGGUUCAAUGAAACAUUUCGCAUCUCACACAGCGAUAGUGGAGACAGGCCGAUAGGCCACAGGGACGUGAGGAAUUGGAAGGAAUAUCAGCAGCAAAGAGGCAGUCUUGAUACAGUACAACCAGAUGCGCGGGAAACCUAUGUCCCGCACACAGACGCAAACCACCUCGACACGCACGUUGUCCUCCCGGGAUGAAUUCCGUAUGAACUCCCUCAAGAAUAAACAGCAAGUUUGAGUCUUUUGAACGGUCUUGAUGUGGUGACAUUUGCCGAGGUCGAGUUGGUCGAGGUUUGCUUCAGCGGAGUUUUUCAAUCCUCAACGAUAAAUUAUAGAUACGUAGAAAGAUAUUCUCGGAUGCCUAUGGGAAGUCCGGCUGGUCUGUCAGACAUGAUAUGCUUGACAUUACAGAGUAUCUCCCCAAUAAUCGGGAUGAUUUUCUAUUUAAAAAUACCGCAUGUCAUGCCAUUUUUAGAACUUCGACGACUAAUGGCGCUGAUUUGUUUGUGUACGAGUAUCCUUAUCUACAAUAGGAUGUUGCACGCGCACAGCAAUUGCAAAGCUCCACAUAUGUGUUGAUGAACAGGCAAAACAAAUUAUUCAACAGAAAGUGCUAAUACAGGGUCACAUAUCACAUCCUUUAAAUGAUCGCGUGCAAUGAGAAAACCGUUCGGAGCAGUUAACGAAUAAGAUUCAGAUCAGUUAAAUAAAUGCUCGAAUAUAAUCAAAAAUAUGAUAAUCAGGGUUAAUAGGUAUAACCGUUCAUUCAUAUCCUUCAAAUAUUGGUUGGUAACGCCAAUGCGGCCAAAUCCGUCUGUGGUAAAUUCGGCAUAUGAGCGCAUUAUUUUCUGCUUUUGACUGCUGGAAUUUAAAACAAUCGCUGUUUAUCGAUGAAAUUGCCAAUAGAAAAUGCGCUCGUGUACCUACGUAUUUUCCGCAGUCGGUUUAGGCAGCAUUGACAUCACAUUGGUUUUAAACACAUACACAAUUUAAAAGUCUGACAUACAUUACUAAGCAAAGUAGGUAUUUUGAGUAAAUAAAUAAUUAGAUGAUGAUGAUUAGAUGUUUAUUAUGUUUUGUGGUUAUUUAUAAAGAAUAUAUAGUUAAAUUGUUGUGUGUGACUAUUUUUGUCUGUAUUGAACCAAAGAAAGUGAAAAACUGAAAAAAAAUAUCUUAACAAUAAUUAUACAUUUUAUUUGCAUUUUUUAAAACUAGAUUAAUGAAACUACACUGCCCAUGUCAUAUUGGAUAUUUGAUACUAUGUAAAAUCUCGUAUUUAAAGGCUACCUAUUAAUGAUGUGACGAAUGUUCAUGUAUAGCGAGCUUUGUUUUGUCAUAUUGGAUAUUUGAUACUACCUAUGUAAAAUCUCGUAUUUACGAGUAUAGUGGAUUUCGGGCCUGAUAAUCGUUUUCCGUUUCACAGAAUAUAAGCACAUCGUUAACAAUAUUUGAAAUGUAAAAAAUACUUUGUCUCUAAUUGCCAAAAAUGUUAAAAGUUUGAUAUUUUGCAUAUGAACCAUUUUUUACAUUUCAAAUAUUGUAAACGAUGUGGUGAAACGGAAAAAUAAUCUUCCUCGGGCCCGAUUUCCGGCGUGAUAUCAGGCCUGAUAAUGUGUGGGUGGAUGUAUUUGGCACUUUAAAGGCGUAGCGCUCAAGUUACAAUAUAUUUAGUUAUACCUCCUAUUUUUUGACCUAUUAACGAUGAGACGAAUGUUCAUGUAUAGCGAGCUUUGUUUCCUCUAAUUCUUAAGGAUAAGUACUUUAAUUUUCAGUUCCUGAUCCUGAUUCCCUCAAUGUUCAUAUUUUUAUAUUGAUCAUAGGCAAUCUAUUUAUUUUU